CUGAAGCCACCGGAAGGAAGAACCCAGACCUAACAACACCAACAAGGGGCGGCGAUAUAGCUGGGGAGUAGUUCACUUCCCCUCCCUCUCCCCUCUCCUUCUUCCCCCAGCUACUCCCCGUCGCGUCGCCCCUCCUCCUACGUCUCCUUCCUCUCCCCGCUUCCGCUUCCUCGAAGCGGAGCGGAGGCGCGCAAGCAAUCGGCGCCUUUUCUUGGCGUGCACAGCCCCUGAUCGGCAGGACACCACCCGCGGGAUCUCGCUUGCUGGCGUGGCCGCGCGAGAUUGAGGCGGGGCGGCGGUUGGAUUGCGGAAGCCGCUGCGGGUGGUGUUGGCGCUUCGCGGCCGGCCGGGCGUCUGGUUCCUGAUUUGAUCUGCUGCGGAGGUUGAGGCCGACAUGGCGGCGCCGGGAGGGCUCGAGCAGUGGCAGAAGGACGGGUUCUUCCCGGCGGCCGAGGAGGUGCAGGAGUCGGCGGACUUGAUGGAAUCUAUUUAUAGAACUUGGAUGCGAGAACGAAGUAAUGGUUCUAGCUCAGAGGAGGUAGCUGAUUUGCAAAGGGAGCUUCAGACAGCUUUAGGGACUGCAAAAUGGCAGUUGGAACAGUUUGAGAGAGCUGUAAGUUCCAGCAAUGAUAAGUAUUCACUGGAAGAGGGUACAGUGGCCAGACGUCGGCAGUUUGUUGUAGCAAUCAAGGAUCAGAUUUCUCGUGUAGAGAAAGAAAUAAACGGUUCUUCAGUGGACAGUGGCAGGAGAGGGCUCAACUGGGUGAAGUUAGAUGAUGAGGAGCGAGAUGAUCUAGUUGCUUUCCUUUCAGCACCUGCAGAGUUCUAUUCAGAAAUGAAGAGUACAGAUAGUAGUUACCAUAUUCCAUCCAGGCAAAAGAAUGUACCAAUUGGCAUGAACGAUCAGAAGGAUGCAGCUUUGAUCAUUAAAGACAUUCAUGAAGUACCACCCAGACAAAUUUCUAGUGUUAAGAGUGAUGUUUGCAGUCUAGCUGACCAGUUACAUGGCCACAGAACAAAUUUGAGUUCUGGUGAUGGUCAUUGGAAGAUUGACAUUGGUAAUGAGAUGGAUGAUGAUAGAAAAUUAUCUCCGAACGGGGUUCAGGCCUCAAGUCAGACAACUGCUUUAUCAGGCAUCCGGAGAAGUACAGAAUCUUUAACAAGAGUGAGAUGGUUCUGGAAUAGCUUGUGGAAACCGAAGAGUGAUGAACAUCGUCCAUUAAGAUAUGAUAUGCCAAAUAAUCUGGACUUCAGGGUUAUAUCCUUAUUAACACAGAGAUUGAUAGGGCUAACUGAAAGAAGCCGAAGUUAUUUGACAAGUUGGAAGGAAAGUUCCAGAAUUUCUGCAAGGACGGGUGGGCUUCAUAUACAAGGCCAACAACAAACCAUUCAGUUUGGCCGUUCUAUUCGGAUCACCCUCUUACUGGUGUUGAGUAUCUUUCUAAUAGUACCAUUUCUCGUCUCCUCUGCAUAGCAAGGCUUAAAUUGUUUCACUGGUGAUGCAACCAUCGGGACAAUUAAUCAGGGUUCUGCUGUUCAGAGAAGUGUCCAAUUUUAUUAUACAAAUCAUGAUUGGCGCUAUUUUACAAGCUCAAGCUCAGGCAAACACUGCAAAGCGAGCAUGUCCUUGCAUGUGUGGCUGCAUGGAUGGCAGGAAAAUGAGCACAUUGGCGAGGAUAUUGAUGGCACAAUGCAUGAUUCAGGAUCAUAAAUUCCUCACCAGCACAUAAUCAUCAUGAGGCUACUCAGAUUUAUGGUUGAUUUGUUAUCUGUUGGGAUGGCUGGUUUCUGCCAAAUGUAGACAUCUGCUUUCUCACCCCCUGUUUCCCCACGAAGGCAAUUGUAAAAAAAUGUAGAUCUGAUGGAAAAGAUAUAAAAAAAGAUGUGUCAAAUGAUUUAUACGAUUUGUCGAAAGUACCGAGAGUCUCGGUGAAUGAACCGUUUGAAGGAUCUGAAGGUUAUUCAUGGUACUGCAUUUGUCAAACUGUUGAGGCACGUAUGUAUGAUUCAGGUUUCAGGUGCCUGUGGAAGUGUAACAAGCUGUUGGCUA